AAGAGAGAGAAAAAAAAAGAGAACAGAUUUUGUCCUUUUUUUUUUGGUUAAAAACAAGGUUUUGUUCUUAAGUUAUCUAAUCUUCCGUCUCUUUCACAGAUAACGAGAGAUCGGAGAUUAUGGCGUCGCCGGUGAUCCUCAAUGGCGGAGGCGUGGCGGAGAGGCACGCAAGUGUGGCGCAUGCCUCCAUGGCCAUGGUUCAGCUCUUCUAUGGAGGGUACCAUGUAAUUACCAAAGUAGCCCUCAACGUUGGGGUCAACCAGCUCGUCUUCUGUGUCUGUCGUGAUCUCAUAGCUCUCUCUAUCCUCGCGCCUCUCGCUUACGUCCGAGAAAAACGAAUUAGAACUCCUAUAAACAGACACCUCCUCUUAUCAUUCUUGUUUCUGGGCUUAACAGGGAUAUUUGGCAACCAAUUAUUAUUUCUUAUCGGUCUAACAUACACAAAUCCAACUUAUGCCGCUGCCAUACAGCCAUCUAUCCCUGUAUUUACCUUUGUCUUGGCCAUGAUAAUGGGUACAGAAAGGGUGAAUUUGUUCAGAAUCGAAGGUCAAACUAAAGUGGGAGGUAUUCUUGUGUGUGUUUCUGGUGCCAUAUUGAUGGUUCUAUUCCGGGGUCCAGCCUUGUUUGGAGAUACGGAUAUGGACUUUGCAGUGAACAGUGAAAUAAGUGCUAAAGGUCAGCCGGAGCCUACAGGGUGGUUAGUCUCUAGCUUUCUCAAUCUUGGUCUUGAGCAAUGGCACAUUGGAGUUGUAUGCUUGAUUGGAAACUGCAUGUGCAUGGCUGCUUUUCUUGCCAUCCAGGCACCAAUUUUGAAGAGGUAUCCUGCCAACCUUACUGUUACGGCGUAUUCGUACUUCUUCGGUGCAUUAUUGAUGGUCGCCACAGCUUUCUUUAUGGUUAACGAACCAACAGAUUGGAAUCUGACUCAAUCUGAGAUUCUUGCAGUUAUAUAUGCGGGAGUUGUUGCUUCAGCAUUAAACUAUGCAGUCCUGACUUGGUGCAAUAAAAUUCUGGGACCUGCUUUGGUAUCUCUCUACAACCCUCUUCAGCCCGCGGCAUCUGCCUUCCUAUCAAGAGUUUUCCUUGGGAGCCCUAUUUAUUUGGGAAGCAUACUCGGUGGUUUCUUCAUCAUAUCCGGGCUGUAUAUGGUCACAUGGGCGUCUUAUAGAGAACGAAGAACAGCUCCCGGGACUGCUCCUCAUGUCACAAGGACCUCGGAACCUCUGAUUUACCGAGAUGGGACAGGGAGUCGGAUAGGACAGAUGUUUUCUGGAUUGUCAAGUUCUUCUGUGAAAUCUGCAGACUAAGCAUACGGCAAAGAUUCUGCCUUCAGACCACAACCAUACAACAGCUUUUUAACAUUACAGUCAGACCGUAUGUUUCUUUCAUCUCUCUUUUCUUCAAUCUUUGAACUGAAAUAGUUUUAUUUGUUGCCAAUGGGUACACUGUAUUGUCCUCCUCCAAUUUUAUUGAUGAGAGCAAAUUGUUUUUGUAUCUUGACAUGGGAAUUGAAGAGAUUACUAGAUUUAGGAUC